AUGCCGGACGACGAUAAGGCCUCCGCGGGCCAUGUGGAGGAGAUUGAAGCGCUUGGGGAAUUCAAGCAGAAUCGAAAAAUAAUGGGCACGGUAAAAUUGACAGAAGGAGCAAUUGUCUACAUUCCCACCCCAACGGCAGAUCCCCGAGAUCCUUUGAAUAUGCCAAACUGGCAGAAGACGAUUAUUCUAAUUGUGAUAUCAGUUUUCUCCACUCUCGGUCUCGCUCUUGUCUCUGGUUUUGGUGGCCUACUUGGCUUUUAUAUCCCUGGAUAUGAAGCGAUCGGGAAGGGAUAUGACGAGAUAACACAUUUGAUGACAUAUCCGACGCUGUUCAUGGGAAUCGGCAACCUCAUCGGAAUGCCUCUUGCCAUCGGAAUUGGGCGUCGCAUUGUUCUUCUCGGCUCCACAGUGGUUCUUGUUAUUGGUGCUAUUCUCUGCGCAACAGCGAAGAGUUUCGAAUGGCAUCUUGCCUCUCGGAUGGUUGUUGGGUUAGCUGCAGGACAGAGCGAGGCCUUGGUUCCUAUGAUUACCCAGGAGAUAUUCUUUCUCCAUGAACGCAGUAAAGCUCUCAUGGGCCAGCAAGCUAUCCAAGUUAGUCUGACCAGUGUGUGGGUGCUUUUCGCCGGGCCUAUUGCCGAGGCCAUAACUCCAGAAUGGUGGUAUGGACUUGGAGCAGCUUUGGCCGGCCUACUGCUGGUUGUUGCUUUCUUAUUUCUUCCUGAGACCAAAUAUGACCGGUCGCUUGAAUCGUAUCACGGGGACACGUCCCCUAGUGACGACGCCCGAAAGAACUCUGUGGGAAGUGUGCAUAAGGCAGACUCCGAUGGCAACUGCACAGAGCGACCACCCCUUGACACGACCCGGUAUGCACCGCGGACAUUUAAAUCCGACCUGCGUCUGUGGGUUGGCAAGCCUGAAUGGAUUAAAGUGUGGGAGGUGCUGAGACAAACCUUCGAGUUGCUUCUUUUCCCAAACGUCCUUUGGGCUCUUCUCCUGAAUGGUAUCACAAUUGGCACGAAUAUUGCCAUCUCAACUACCUACAGCACCAUCGUGUCAAGUCCGCCGUAUAACUGGCCUGAUAGCAGCGCCAGCUACGUCAACUGUGGACAGAUCGUGGUCGCGAUCGCGGCGCUGCCUCUUCUAGGCCACGGGUCCGACUAUUUAAUCAAAUAUUUUGCUAGACGCAACGGCGGGAUGCAUGAGCCGGAAAUUCGAAUCAUUCCUCUGAUUAUCCCCAUUAUAGUGGGUGUUUUUACAUCCGCCAUCUACGGCGUGGCAGCCGCAAAUCCAUACCAGUACCACUGGUUCAUCUAUGUCUGGACAAUCGCUGCGUAUUAUUUCUGCUUCGUCGGAGCAAACAUCGUGGCGAUUACCUACUUGCUGGACAGUUACCCUGCCCGAGCAGGGCCUCUGCUGGUCAUUAUUUGCGCCUUCCGAGGUAUCAUUUCUUUUGGUACGAGUUAUGGAACGGCACCAUUUGUUGCACUGCAUGGAUAUGACGGUACAUUCGGUACGUUCGCCGCGUUGACGGGAUUCUUGGGGGUCCUGGGUAUUCCGGUCUAUAUUUGGGGCAAGAAGAUCCGACAGUUUACGGGACGGUUCGCGAAGGAUAAAUCGGACUGA